GUCUCUCGGGAGCAGCACACGAUCCUGCUGCCGUCUGCUCCGGGAAGCACGAGAACAGUAGAAACCCCCCCGGAUCCACGGCUCCCAAUGGCCCCGGUGGGGGAAGAGACAGCAGCGGGGGCGAAAGGAGGUGUUCGGUACAGGAAAAUUGUGUCUGCAAACUGCCCUGACAGCGGGGCUGAGGACUGUGCGUAACUCAUCACACCUCAUAGCUGUGCCUAUAGGGCCGAUCCGAGGGGAAGGGGCAGAGUUCUGCCCACGGAGAAGUGACAGCAUAGAUGGAAGCGCGGCCCGGCAGCGUUUCCACACCAGGACAAGAUCGCAGCGCGGCUGUGUCAGUAGGAACUGCUUCCCCAUCCCGGCGAACAGCCGCAGAGCUCCGUCCCCCCGAGGGGCGGCUCAGCUUCACCCCUUUCCUAGACCAAAAGAGCCGCGGGGAGGCGGAGCAGCCUCUGCUGUAGGACAUCUCCCCCGUGCCCGGCUCCUCCCGGGACCUUCGUGCCCAGGGAUGCUCCUGGCUCUCCCCAUAUCCAGGUAGUCCCAGAACUACGUGCUCAGUGCUCCCCGUUCCCAGUUUCACGUUCUCUCGCCCACCCGCGUUCCCGGUGUCGCCUCCCCGAUCCCCAUCCAGGUGCGCCCCAGCCCUCCCCACCGCUCCUCCUCUCUUCUCUUCUCCUCUCCGCCCCGUUCCAUCCCUCCACCCCCGGGAAAGCGAAAGCGCGACGGGCGGAAGCGGAGCUCCCCGCAGCGCCGCGCCGGGGCCGCUCCACGUCGGGGCCACCAUGGCCUCUUCCAUCAGCAGCCUCUUCCGACGGAGCCUACGGCGCCCGGGCCGUAGAGAAGGCAAACAGGAGGCCCCUGCAGCAGACGGCAUCCCAUCUCACAUGCCUCUGGGAAAGGCAGGAGAGCGGAGCUCCAUCCUCUAUUCUGCUGGGCAGUUCUUCUUUGAGUACCUGGUGGUGGUGUCACUGAAAAAGAUGCCAGAUGGACGCUAUGAACCCAAGAUUGCCUAUCAGUUCCCAAAGCGUGAGAACCUCCUGAAGGGUCAGAAGGAGGAGGAGGAGCGGCUCCUGCAGGCCAUCCCCCUGUUCUGCUUCCCUGAUGGCAACAACUGGGAGCCCGUUACCACCUUCCCCAGUGAAACCUUUUCCUUUGUCCUGACGAAUGUGGAUGGCAGCAGGAAGAUUGGUUACUGCAGGCGGCUGCUGCCCUCUGGCCGCGGUGUCCGCCUCCCUGAGGUCUUCUGCAUCAUCAGCUGCCUUGGCUGCUUCGGGCUCUUCUCUAAGAUCCUGGAUGAGGUGGAGAAGAGGCGUCAGAUCUCCAUGGCGGUGAUUUACCCCUUCAUGCAGGGCCUGCGGGAAUCACCCUUCCCAGCUCCAGGGAAAACAGUCACCAUUAAAAGCUUCAUCCCUGAGUCAGGCACAGAGCUCAUUGAGCUCACACGUCCCGUGGAUGCCCACCUGGAGCACGUGGAGUUCCCAGCGCUGCUCCAGCGGCUCAGCCCCAUCCUCAUCCUGCACAUCUUUGCCUCUGCUGUGCUGGAGCGGCGGCUCAUCUUCCUGGCUGAGGAGCUGAGUGUCCUCUCGCAGUGUAUCCACGCUGUGGCUGCUCUCCUCUACCCCUUCACGUGGGCUCACACCUACAUCCCCGUGGUCCCUGAGUGCCUGCUCGACACUGUCUGCUGCCCUACACCCUUCAUGGUUGGCAUCCAGAUGCGGCACCUGGAGCGGGUGCUGGAGCAGCCCAUGGAGGAGGCUCUGAUAGUUGAUCUGUGUGAAGGGAAGAUCAUCCGGGCGGUGGGUGACGAGGAGGACAUCUUGCCCAUGAAGCUGCAAAAUGAGAUGCUGGCAUCUCUGAACAGGCACAACAACAACAACAACGUACACACAUCUGAGCAGCUGAACGCACUCGUCUCCGAGGCCUUUGUGCAGUUCUUUGUCCGUCUGGUCGGGCACUAUUCCUCACACAUCAAGUGGAGUAAAAACGGCCUGGGUACCUUCCAGGAGAGAGCCUUCUGCAAGGCCAUCACCUCCAAGACCAACCGCAGGUUUGUCAAGAAGUUUGUGAAGACCAACAUGUUCUCCUUAUUUAUCGAGGACGCAGAGAAGAGCAGGAUCCCACAGGAAGCGUACUUCCAGCAGAAGAUAACAGAAUACCACCAGCAAAAGAAGCACCGAAGGGACUCCUGAGAGCAGCCUGAAGGGACGCCACCAGCAGGGCUGUGUGUUCCAUCCGUGCCCUAUCUAAGGGCAGAGUAUUCUGGAUUCUGCUGGGUCUGUCCUGCCCCAGCCUCAUGGAAAGCACCAAGCACUGGUUUCUGCCCUUUCCCUUUUCCCUCAGGGCACAGUUGCACUGGAAAAUAGUUUUGCACAGAGCUCAUAAGCAGACGGGGACAGAAACCAUGCAUGGCUCAGUGCUCAGCCCCACACUGAGCUGUGCCAUGGGGACUGCCCCAGCACUGUGAGUGCUGAUAGAUGGAAGUGAAGGGCAGCUGCAGGACUGGUCAUUGCUAAAGGAAAAAAUGGAUGAGAGAUGAGGAAGAAACAUUAAUUUCUAAGUAAAACAAACAUAGGUUUGGUAAAUAGGUGGCAGCCUAUGGAAGAGGUCUCUGAGGAGUCUGGUAUCUGUUGUAGCUGUUGUGUUUGUUGGUACUGCAUGCAGCCAUGAUCUCACUUCAGCUGCUUGAAGUGAACCAACAUGUUACUCACUGUGAAGGGCACAGGGCUCUGUUCUGCAGCAGAGCAGCAGUGGGGAGGAGGAAGUGCUGGUUAAAUCUCAUAGUAAAAGGUGGCAACAUCUUCCUCCCUCUGUGUUUGAUGCCAACUUCUAUAUCACUGUGGUUCAUCUCAGCACUGCUGCUGAAGUGUGAUGCCUGCAGCAGACUUUAAGAGCGUUUUAGGAGUACUUUAUGAUCUUCCCCCUUUUCUAAUGCAUCUGCACAGGAAGCAAGGGCUGCUGCACAGACUCAAGGCUGCAGGUCUGCCCAGUUCCUCAAUGGCAAUGGACCUUCCCUUGGGAGAGAAGGGAUGAGCAGGGAGAGAUGUUUGCUCUUCCCAGCAGAAGAUGUGGAGAAAUGCAGAGCUCCAUCCUCCUCUCCAGGGCUGCGUGGCCAAACUGUCCCAUCUCAGUCAUCAUCACAUCUCUUAAUAUAACUUCCUUCCUCCUGCUUCCCCCAUGAGACAUUUCAUAGCAGCGCUGUCUAAUGAGCCAUGGUCAGAGCUGCUGGAACAGCAACAGAACUGAGCCAGAGGCAAAGAGCAUCUGUUGGAGGAGUACCAUGCACAAAUAGAAGCAGCAGAAGUGCUGUUGGACAGAGAAUGGAAGAGCAGCGAUGUGCCCAGCCAUCCUGGAAGGAGGACAGUGACUUUUUGCCCCACUUUGUUUGGGGUGGAUGGUAACUCUUUGUCAGGGCUAUAAAGGGGUUUGACACUGUAGAUGUCGUCUUUGCCUCCACAAGUCCCAUAUUUGUGGGUACUGAGAUAGUUGCAAACAGCCUAUGGGAAAUUAAAGAUAAGAGAUCUUUA